CGCGCUCCCAGAGCCACCUUUGGGGGAGGCGCCAGGUGCCUGAACUUCGCUGUCACCUCGUCCCGCUUCCUUAUAAAUUCGGGUCAGCGCUGGCGGAGGCAGCAGAGGCGGCAGCAGCACCUGGCCCCGCAGAUCCAGAGCAGCGGAUUCCCUCCCUCCAGCCAGGAGCCGGACUCGCCCGUGCAGCGCCGCGCACCAUGGGGGGCUGCGAAUUCCUCCUCCUCGGGAAGCCCCGCUCCCUCCUCUCGCUGGGCCUCUUCGCCCUGGUCCUGCUCGAGGUGCACUGGGGCGCCGCGGCUCCCUUGCAGUCCAACGGCGGAGCCUCCCCUCUGGCCAAGAUCUACCCCAGGGGCAGCCACUGGGCGGUGGGACAUUUAAUGGGGAAAAAGAGCACUGGAGAUUUUCCCUAUGUUUAUGAAGAAGAAAACAAGAUCCCAUUUUCAGCAUUACCUGAAAAUGUCAAGCAGCUGGGAGAUUACUUGCAAUGGGAAGAAACACUGAAGAAUUUGCUAAGGCUGUUAGAAGAAAAUGAAAACAGAAGUGCUCAGACCCUAAGGGAAGAGCUUCCAUGGUAUACCAAGAACACUUGGGAGACAGAUGAUGACAGCAGCUUUAAAGAUGUAAGUUUAAAACAAGAAGAUGAUGGAUUAUCUGCUUCAAGUUAUGAAUAGGAAAGAAAGCACUCCAAGCUGAAGUGAAGAUCUUCCAACCUUGAAGGAAUAAAAUAGUAUCCUUAAGAGACUAUGUUUCACAAGCACUCAAUUGUAACAGCUAACCAACAAGGUUUCUUUUGUGUAAACAAGAUUACUUUUGUGUAAAAUACCUAAACACUUGUAUUCUUGUAUGUUCCAACAUUGACUAAACUCUUCUUUUUUUUUUUCCUUCAAGCUGCAUUUUCUUAUUUGAACUGCUUUGCUGUAAACAAAUGUCCAGGAAGGGUCUUCCAGUUAUCUGACUUCUCUGUCUAAUCAGUUCACCUUUAGGUUAAAACUACAUGACAUUUCAACAUUCACAAUAAAGAAGAAGAAGAAAGGCCAA